CUCCUAUACGUCAUCGUCGUAGAUCGAUCGACACAACGAGAGCCGGCGGAGGAGGACGGCGAUGACGAACAAGGAGAAAGCGCGAGAGAGGAGAGAGAAGAGGUUGCAGGAGAUCUCUCUCCUUCGCACACUUCCAUAUUCCGACCAGCAGAGAUGGUGGUCUUCUGAAAACAUAGCAGUGGUGACUGGUGCAAACAGAGGGAUAGGUUUUGAAAUCGCGAGACAGCUCGCAGGACAGGGACUGACGGUUGUUCUUACAGCCAGAAAUGCAGAAACUGGCCUUGAAGCUGCUAAAGUCUUGCAGAACGAGUGUCUGAAGGUGGAAUUCCAUCAGUUAGAUGUCACUGACUCCUCGUCCAUCAGAGAGUUUGGACAGUGGAUUAAAGAAACAUUCGGAGGGUUGGAUGUUCUUGUAAAUAAUGCGGGAGUUAACUACAAUCUUGGAUCAGAUAAUUCCGUCGAGUUUGCCCAGACCGUCGUGGCUACUAACUACUACGGGACUAAAAACAUGACCGAAGCUAUGAUACCACUGAUGAGACUGUCCCGUCAAGGUACUCGUAUCGUGAAUGUGAGCUCUCGGCUGGGUAGACUCAAUGGACGUCGAAACAGAAUAGCGAAUUCAGCGUUAAGAGAAGCUCUGGCAAAUCCCGACACGCUGACAGAGGAACUCAUAGAUGACACUGUCUCGUCAUUCCUCAACCAAGUCGAAGAUGGAACGUGGGAAUCAGGCGGGUGGCCGCAAACGUUUACGGACUAUUCCGUGUCGAAGCUUGCGGUCAAUGCCUACACGAGAGUAAAGGCAAAGGAACUGUCUGAAAGGCCCGAAGGCGAGAAGGUAUACGUCAGUUGUUUCUGUCCGGGCUGGGUGAAAACGGCGAUGACGGGCUAUGAGGGAAAUAUGUCGGCUGAAGAUGCAGCAGACACGGGAGUUUGGCUUGCCUUGUUGCUUUCCGACCAUGCAGUGACCGGAAAAUUCUUUGCUGAGAGACGUGAGAUUAACUUCUGAUGUUUUCAAGCUUUGCAAAAUGAAACAACCUCACUGUGCCUUGUUUUUUUAUUGGUGUCGCUUAUUUCUUUA